GUUCUUCAGCAAACUCACAACCACAACCCAACCAACCCACCUGAACUACUGAACAACAACCUCUUCUUCUUCUCUCUCUCUCUUCAGCAUAAUCAUUCAUCACCACACAAGAGAAAAAAGAAAAAGAAGAAAGAACAAAUAAACCUUUUUUUUUUUUAUAAAAAAAGAAAGAAAAGGAAAUAAAGUUUUUUGUUUUUUCGAUGAACCAGAAGUUCAUCGGAAAGCCGCCGGCGACGGUGGACCUGGAUCGGAUGCCGGAGCGUGGGUCCCACCACCGGCGUUCCCACUCCGACACCUCCUUCCGCUUCGCCGCGAACUUCGACGACCUUCUCCUCUUCGACCCCUCCGACUUCGACAUCUCCGGCCUCCCGUCGCCGCUCCCUCUGCCAUCUCCGGUCUCCGCCGGCGUGGUUCCGAUGUCCGUCGACUCCGACGAGUCCGGCAAACAGCCGAGGCCGGCCGGGGCGUCCGCCGGCGGGCACCUGCGGAGUCUGUCGGUGGAUUCUGACUUCUUCGACGGGCUCGGGUUCGGCGGCGACGAGAGAGGCGCCGGGAAAGGAGGCGGCGGCGAGCGGAGGGUGGGGCACCACCGGCACAGCAACUCGAUGGACGGGUCGUCGACGACGUCGUUUGAGGCGGACUCGGCGAUGAUAAUGGACGGUGUGAAGAAAGCUAUGGCUCCUGAUAAACUUGCUGAACUUGCUCUUAUGGAUCCCAAGAGAGCUAAGAGGAUUCUUGCUAACAGGCAAUCUGCUGCAAGAUCCAAGGAGAGGAAGAUUCGUUACACAAGUGAGUUGGAGAGGAAGGUGCAGACUCUUCAGACUGAAGCAACUAACCUUUCUGCACAGCUUACCAUGCUUCAGAGAGACACUACAGAUUUGACUACAGAGAAUAAGGAGCUCAAACUGCGUUUAGAGGCUUUGGAGCAGGAAGCACAGCUUAGAGAAGAUCUCAAUGAGGCAUUGAAGGAAGAACUGCAGCGCCUUAGGGCACAAAGUACUCGUUUGGGUGCUAUUGGUGGUAACCCUUCUUUUGGUGGGAUAUUCAACCAGUUGGCUUCCCAAUUAGCCAUGCAACAGUUGUCUAAUUCUGCACCCCAUCAGCAGACACAACACCAGCCACAGGUUGGCAUGCCUCCUCCUCCCUCUGGACAGAACCACCCUAACUUCAUGGACUUCAAUCAGCAGAAGUAACUCAUAAUAGCAGUAGCAGUAAAUGAUUGAUUACAUGAAUGUAUAACUGGUGAGACUUGUGAAGGGUAUAUUGUGCAGUUCAGUGUCUUUAGUCCUGUGUUGUUUAUCUUCAGCUCUAGGAUGUGUACUUUACGCAGUUCUAGGUUAGAAGCGCAGCCUCUGAAAUGUUGUGUUAUAGCUCUUGGGUGAAUGAAGUUAACAUAAAUAUGUAGAAAGACUUGUUGAUAAUACUAUAGAUGGUGAAUGAAGUUUAUUAAUUAGCUUCUGGAAUUAAA